CCCUGGUGUUUUUGUGGGCAGAGGGAAGAGAAGUGGGAUUUUGUUCUGGUGAGUGACAUCCAUGAAAUGGGCAGCGAGAAGGAGACCAAGAGGAAGAAGUUCCUGGAUGAGCUGAGCAAAAAGGGGUUCAUCAUCAAGAAAAUUGAGGACACAAAGCUAUUUUAUGGAGUCCGUGCCCCACAGCAGGUCUUCUGGAAAUACCAGUGUCUUCUGGGGAAGCCAGACAAGAAGCUCCAAAGUGAAAAUUCCCCCCAGGACAUCCCAGUGACCACCAGGAUACGGAUCGUGCACUUCAUCCUGCACAACACGGUGACGCCUGACUUGGAGAAGCUGAAUGACCUGAUGAAGAAAAAGGUGUUUGAGGCAGCGUUUCCUCUGCAUGAGAAGGAAGCAGUAAGGGAAUUCCUCAAGGAGAAGUGGGCUCGCUGGAGAGGUCUAUUUAACAAGCAGCCAAUUGAGAAGAUCAGGUGCUAUUUUGGUGAGAAGGUGGCCCUAUACUUUGCCUGGCUGGGCUGGUACACCUACCUGCUGGUUUUUGCUGCGCUGGCAGGGUUUUUGACCUUCGUGGCUGGGAUUACUCUCUUCAAUUCCAGCCAGGUGAGCAGGGAGAUCUGUGAAGCCAACACCACCAUCAUGUGCCCGCUCUGCGACAAGAAGUGCCCGUACUGGGUCCUCUCUGACACCUGCACCUACGCCAAGGUCACUCACAUGAUUGACAACGAGGCCACGGUCCUUUUUGCCAUAUUCAUGGCCCUCUGGGCCACUGUGUUCCUGGAGCUGUGGAAGAGGCAGAGAGCCACUGUGGUCACCGACUGGGACCUGUACGGGUGGGAUGAGGAAGAGGAGGAGCUGGCUAUGGAGCUGAUCAAUAAUAUACAGCAUGAACCCCGCACGUACCAGCACUCCUACUUCCGCAGCACCAUCGUCCUCCUCUUAGUUCUGUUGAUGAUCGCGGUGCUGAUCGGCAUCGCCCACGCGCUCGUCAUCUACCGGGUGAUCGCCAGGGCGCUGUUUGCCCAGAGCAGCCUGGGGCUGCUGCGGGAGCAGGCCGACACCGUGGCGGUGAUGACGGGGGCCGUGCUGCACUACAUCACCAUCGUCAUCAUGACCAAGAUCAACAGGCGCGUGGCCCUCUUCCUCUGCAGCCUGGAGAAACCACGGACCUUCUCCCAGCGGGAGAACAACUUCACCUUGAAGAUUUUUAUCUUCCAGUUCUUCACAAACUUCUCCUCGCUCAUCUACAUUGCCUUCUUCCUGGGACGGAUCAACGGCCGCCCGGGGCACUACGUGCGCAUUGCUGGCCGGUGGAGGCUGGAGGAGUGCCACCCCAGCGGAUGCAUCACUGACCUCUUCAUCCAGAUGGCCAUCAUCAUGCUGCUCAAGCAGACCAUCAGCAACGUGAUGGAGUAUCUCAUCCCCUGGAUAAGCCACAAGCUACGCAAGAAGCAUAAGCACCCCCAGAAAAGGAGCAUAUUUUUGGGAGAGGAGGAGGAGGUUGAGGACCCCUGCAAAAGGCAGUGGCUGAGCAACUAUGAGCUCAACGAGGUCAACGUCUUCAGCUUGUUCAACGAGUUCUUGGAGAUGAUUAUCCAGUACAGCUUCACCACCAUCUUUGUCGCUGCCUUCCCCCUGGCCCCGUUCCUGGCGUUCCUCAACAACCUCUUCGAGAUCCACCUGGACGCCAUCAAGAUGGUGCGGCUGCACCGGCGCUUGGUGCCCAGGAGGGCCAACGACAUCGGGAUCUGGCUGCAGGUCCUGGAGGCCAUCGGCAUCCUAGCUGUCAUCGGGAACGGGCUGGUGAUUGCCAUCACCUCCGAUUUCAUCCCAAUGCAGGUCUACAAGUACAUGUACAGCCCCUGUGUGGGGGAGAACCACACCGACGUGGACUGCUCCACGGGGUACAUCAACCACAGCCUCUCCGUCUUCCGCAUCCGGGAUUUCGAGCCCGACAUGGGUAUGCCUGAGAUGCUGCCGAACUUUGACAGGGAUGAGAUCACGGAAUGCAGGUACCGGGAUUACCGGCACGCUGAUGACUACACCUACACCAUACAGUUCUGGCACAUCUUCGCUGCCCGGCUUGCCUUCCUCAUCAUCUUCGAGCACGUGGCUCUGUGUGUUAAGCUGAUCGCAGCCUGGUACAUCCCUGACGUCCCCCAGAAGGUCAAGAAUGAGCUUCUGUCCAGAAAACACAGUGACCUUCGUAAAGAACUGAGCAUGAUGGAGUACUCCACCGAGGUGUAACUGCUGCUUACCGAGGAGAACACGGAGCACAUGGACC